CACAGCGUAAGAAUUCACAAACUAUAAAUGGUAACAUUACUUCCUGUCACAUGCAUCAAUCUGCACUCAAGUCUACUGCUAGUUUAGAACACUGGAGAAGUACAAGAAAAAGGGAACUCAAUUUUUCUCUGUAUGCUCUUUCCUUCUUGAAUAAGAUUUCUUCGCCUCUUGUUGUCUAAAACAAUUAAAUCCUAACAGGUAAGGGUUAAGAUCUUCAAUGAAAGUUUCAAGUCACCACUUCUAAAAUGCUAAAUCUAAACCUUAACCUCUCUAACCUGCAACCACAAGAGUUCAGAAUUGGCGCUACAAUAUUUUAUAGCAUCCUUUUCAUAAUUGGACUGAUUGUCAACAUCACAGCAAUAUGGGUUUUCAGCUGCACCACCAAAAAAGGAACAUCCGUAAAUAUAUACAUGAUGAAUGUGGCUUUGCUGGACCUGAUUUUCAUAAUACUGCUGCCUUUCCGCAUGAUCUACUAUGUGAACAAUUACUGGCCCUUCGGUGAUGUUUUCUGCCAAAUCAAUGCAGCUCUUACUAUAUUUUAUCCAAGCAUCGCUCUUUGGCUCUUAGCUUUCAUCAGCGUCGACCGUUACAUGGCAGUGGUGCAGCCCAAACAUGCUAAGGAACUUCGUCACAUCGGGAAAGCUGUGGCAAGUUGUUGUGGCAUCUGGAUAAUGACCUCUGUGUCAGUUCUGCCGUUCAUGUUUUCAAAGAACAACCCUGACAAAGCCUCAAAUUUUACAACCUGCUUGAAAAUGCUCGACAUAAUUCACUUGAAAGAGGCAAACAUUGUGAACUUUGUUCGACUGAUUUUCUUCUUCCUUCUGCCUCUCUUCAUUAUGAUCGGAUGCUACUGCAUUAUCAUUAACAGUCUCUUGAAGGGGAAAACAUCUAAACUGAAGCCAAAAACCAAAGAAAAAUCUAUCAAAAUAAUUGUGACACUUAUUAUUCAGGUGCUGUUUUGCUUUGUUCCAUUUCACAUCUGCUUUACGUUGUUACUGCUACAAGGUGACCGUUACGAUUUCAAUGCCUGGGCUGCCUUUACUACGCUUUUGAUGAAUCUCAGCACAUGUCUCGACAUAAUCUUGUACUAUAUAGUAUCAAAGCACUUUCAGGCCAGAGUCAUCAGCGUCAUCUACUAUCGAAACUACCUGCGAAGUGUCCGAAGAAAAAGUUUUAGAAAUGGAAGCUUUCGCUCACUGAGCAAAUUGAACAUCAGUGAUAUGUGAAUAAUCAAACCUAUCAAUCUCUCAUAUGGAAGAAAAGAAAAAAAACUGAAGAGGAUCAAUGUGUGAAUAACUCCUUAUAUAUAAUUUUCUAAACACUGAAUAUUUGAAUAUUCUGAAUAUUUGGCCUAUGAAAUUCUUCUGCAUAUCUUAAUCGUUUCAACAACAACCUGCAUUUAUGUAGCGCCUUUGACA